CUGCGCACAUAGUCUGAGAGACGAGCCGCCCUCCAUAACUCAUUAACCCCUGUUUCCAUCUUUGAAGUUUCCCCUUUUUCUCAACAGAGCCACAAGACUCUUUAUUCUUUAUGUGCUUCUUUUUGUUCUUAUACCUAUUUUCAUAUUGAUCAUCAGCAUCUAUGGUUACGUUUGAGCUGCUGUGGUGAGUCUUCUGCUUCUGGAUUAUGUUUGUUCUUCAGAUUCUUGUAUUUUUCACGAAUUUAUGAUUCACCUUUUUGCCUUUCUUUAGAAUGCUCUGUAACGUGUGUAUGCGUUAUUUGGUGAUGGAUGUGCUCACAGAUUGCUAAUCAGUUUUGCUCGUUGUCAGGAUAAGAAAUGUGCUGAUGUUCAGUUGUUUUUCUUCAUGGAAUAUAUAUGCAAAUAUUUGGUGUUACAAACUUGAAUCUGUGUUUUAGUUGGCUAGUGACAUUGGCUAUUGGUUUCCUGUUACUGGACACUUUUUAGGUUCUUUUUACUCGAUUAGCAAAUCAAGAACUAGGGGUGUUUGGAUUUGAUUUGCUUCUGCUCCUUCAGAGUAGAAACACAAGUUGAAGUGUUUGGGUAAAAGUUGAGAAGUGAUACUCGUGCUCUGAUUUUCUAAUUUAAGAAUCAGUUUUUUAAAAUCUGCUCCUCCGAGCAUAAGAUUCGGGCGAUUCCCCUUUUUGCUAAUAGCAGGAAUCUUGAAUUGAUCAACUGUGAUGAACUGACGCUUGAAGAAGUGAGAAGAUGGAUGCUUUGAGAGCCUCAUAUGGCGACGUUUCCUCUGAAUCCGACUCAGAUUCCGACCACUCUCUUCCACCACCCUCCACGUCCACUGAUAUGGCCGCCGAGACAAUCACGCCUCUGUCUCUGCCUCUGCCUCCUGCAGCUCUACUUGACUUGCCCUGUUCAUUGGGUUCGUUCGAUUGCUUGGAAACCAGUCAAGUUAGUCGAGUUAGAAGCUUUCCUCAUGUAGAUGGCAAUUAUGCUCUUCAUGUUUACAUUCCAGUUCAUAUACCAUCAGCACUAAGGAAGGAGUUAGCCCAGUUUUUGGAAAGAUUAGCUCUUGUACAUGAUCUCAAUGUUGUUGAUAUUGAUGUACCGUUGAGUAAUUUAGUAAGAGACGAUGGGGGUAAGCUUGAGCAAGUUGCCUUAGGUAGGGAAUUUCAUAUAAGUUUGGGAAGGACUGUUCCCAUUCGAGUGCACCAGAUUAACUCAGUAGUCUCAAUGCUUCGUCAGAGGCUACAAUUUCAGCGGAGGUAUUGGAUAAAUUUUAACAAAUGGGAGGUCUUUGUGAAUGACGAUGGCUCACGCACGUUUUUGUCAUUGGAAGUUGUCACAGGAGGCUUAAUUGAGAUAACAAAACAGGUUGAAGCUGUUAAUGAGGUUUAUAGGCUUCACGAUCUUCCAGAAUUUUACAAGGAUCCACGGCCACAUAUAUCAAUAGCUUGGGCAUUGGGUGACAUCAGUGAUACACUUAAAAGAGUGGUACAAGAACAGAUGAAAAGAUAUUUCGUGGGGAGCUCACCACAAAAGCCUAUUUUUACAAGCAAAUUUAGUGGCAUUUUGUGUAAAGUUGGUAGUAAAUGUCAUGAGAUCUGCAAAUUUCAAGGAAAAUAGAUGGGCUACAGUUGGUACUCUGAUUUUACUAAUGACAUGAUUAUUAUACAUGUUGUGCAUCGUUUCCGUUGGAUCAGGGGCCUCUCCUUCCGGCGAUCAAAUCCCCUUGGCUGUCUGAUCAGACAUCCAUCAGGUGCAGUUUUGCGGGUCUAUUUCAUUUCGAACUAUAUGCGAGCGCAUGAUCCCUCGAAGUAGUUGAACUUCUUUAGCAUUUAGAAUAAUUGAAUCAGCAACCCCAAUCCUGCUACUAAGCUCAGUUUGGGUUGAAGAUUCUAUAUCUAUGCAUACAUGUAUGAUACCAUGUAACAGCUUACCAAAACUAAUACGAUAGCAUUUUUAUUUAUUGGUGGAAGCACGUCUCAACAUUGUAUUCCACAAAUGUUUCUGUGAUGAUUUAACUAGUUAAUUAGGAAUGACCAGAUUAAUUUAGAGACAUUGCACUAA